AUGAUGUUCAAGACUCAAUCUCUCAUUCUCGCCUUGAGCGCUCUUGUUGCUGCCAGUCCCGUUCCUGGUGAUGAUGGCUACGGAACUUGCGCCCCCAAGACGGUCACCGUCACUAGCCAACAAUACGGAACUGCCAAGACCAUUACUGUGACGAGCUUCUCAACCGUCGUCUCAACUGUGACUGGAAAAGGUACCACGCAGACUGUUACACUGCCAGGAAAAGAUACUACCAUUACCUAUCCCGUUACUGUCACUGGUCCUGGAACGACCCAAGUCAUUACCAAGACAGCCGAUUGCUACCCCGUCACCAAGACCGACACCGUCACAGUCACCAAGACUGGAGCUCCCGUCACGUCCAUCGUGACUGUCACUGGCCCUGGAAAGACAGUUACAGAGACAGGAUAUGUCACCAGCACUGUCACCAAGGAGAAUGACAAGACCAUUACAGUUCCCGUCACAGUUCCCACCACAGUCACUGUCUCGGGCAAGCCUGUCACUGAAACCAAGACCGUGACUAUUACUUCUGCCGGUUAUGUAAGCAACCCCCUCGAUAAUUUUGCUGCCCAGACUCUAUUCGAAGUCAUUCGGAUAUGUUCAUAUGCAUCAGUUACAUCAGUUUCCAGAGAUCCGCUGACAAUGCCAUAA